AGUAAACUAAAACAGAUUUAUUUCAGUACUGUGAUUAAGGCUCAGACUGUGACAGCUGAGAACUGCAACCAGGUGCUACAGGAUGUGGCUACUGAUCACUAUGCUGGCUGUACAAGGAACUGCGAAUCUGGAAGAAGCCCAACCCAAAAUGAAUCCUGAACAAUUUAUGAAUGUGAGUGAGAAAAUCCAGUACUGGAACUAUCCUUGUGAAGAAUAUGAAGUACUCACACAUGAUGGGUAUUAUCUGAGUCUCAGCAGAAUUCCAGGAGGCUCAAAAGCAGCUAUAUUGCUGAUGCAUGGCCUGAUUUUGGAAGGCAGUGUUUGGGUAGCAGAUCUGCCCAAUAAUAGCCUGGGAUUCAUACUAGCAGAUGCUGGAUAUGAUGUGUGGAUUGGAAACAACAGAGGCAAUUCCUGGUCUAGAAGACACCAGUUCCUUACAAUUGAUCAACAGGAAUUCUGGGAUUUCAGUUUUCAUGAAAUGGGCGUUUAUGAUCUUUCAGCCAUGGUAGACUUUAUUCUACAAAAAAGUGGACAGAAAAAAAUCUUUUAUGCUGGUCAUUCUCAAGGAAGCACUAUAGGUUUUGUGGCAUUUUCUGUGGUGCCUGAACUUGCUGAAAAAAUUAAGAUGUUUUUUGCCUUAGGACCUGCAUAUACAUUCAGAUACAGUAGAAGUCUACUUUCACCAAUACUGUGGUUGCCAACAGCAUUUCUGAAGAUUAUAUUUGGGACGAAAGAACUGUGUCUGUUGAGUCCAAGACUGAGAGCAAGUAUGGCCCAAAAAUGCAGUUCCCAGUUACUGGAUGUGCUUUGCAAGCAAGUUCUUUUUCUUGUUAGUGGAUUUAAUGAAAAAAAUUUAAAUCAGAGCCGUGCCGAUGUGUAUGUAUCAAUAUUCCCAGAUUAUACAUCUGUGAAAAAUUCAAUUCACUGGAGUCAGUCAGCUAAAACAGGGGAAUUCAGAUUCUUUGACUAUGGCUCAAGAAAUAUAGAAAAAUACAACCAGACCAUUCCUCCUUUGUACAGGAUAGAAGAGAUCAUGGUGCCGAUAGCAGUGUGGAGUGGAGGACAGGAUUGGGUUUGCCAGCCAAAGGAAAUUAUGGAAUUAUUGUCUCGAAUCACUAAUCUCAUUCAUUACAAACAUUUUCCUGAUUGGAUUCACUGGGACUUCAUUUGGGGACUAGACGCUGCUCAGCGCAUGUAUGUGGAAAUCCUUGGAUUGAUGGAGAAACACUUGUGAAUUCAUUUGUACUGGGAUUAAGGACUUGGAUUUUUUAAGGGUACAUCUGUUGGUUUCACAGUGCUUAUUUUUGUGUUCUCACUUCCUGUUAUUUUCAGUGGAUGGAUGAGUUUAAUUGGUUACAAAACUGCAUCUCUCUCUAGAAUCUAAUAGCAAAAUAUUUUGCUGCAUUUCCUAAUUUGUUCUUACUAUAGAUGCAUGCAUUUAAAAAAAUAAUUAAAAAAAUUUCUUUUAUUAAAAACUAAAA